UGACUCUGACACACACACACACACACACACACACACACUCUUUGUCUCCCUGUAAGCAGAUCUGAGUCUGACAGCAGCUGCCGGGUGUCACUGUGUAGAAGCAGCUGGACCAUGUGCUGCUGUUGUUGUCCGACACUCGGGGUGUUAAGAGAACGGAAACACAGUGCGAAGUCGUUCCAAAAAUUCUGGAAAACGUCACAGUAUUUAUUGUUCUGCAGUACCGUCAGAGCUCAAUCUAUUGUUGUCACAGGGAUGGUAAAUGUAGUCACGUGUAUACAGCUUAUUCCAUCUUUACUACGCCUGUUAGCUAUCCUUCUUGGCCAAGAAAAAAGAAACUGUACGUAGCUCUUGCAAUGGUCUGGCUGAGCCAAAGCUAAUGUACCUGCAGGUGUGUCGGUCCUGAGGGGGAGGAGCCAGUGUUCGUUUCUGUUUCCUGUCUGGGAGGAAACAGUGAACGUCUGAGAAAUGUGAAACUGAAGAAUCAGAGGAGCUGUCACUCAAAACAGGACCACACCCCCGCCCCCAUCACCAUCAGCCAAUCAGCACGCAGUCUGAAGGACCAUCAUGCACCUGAAGUCGUAUCCGAAGCUCAUGCGCUCAGAGUUGCGUUUGGAUGCGUCCGGGGUUCAGACGUCGCAGCGGAGCAGCCUAUUUGUGAACCAGCAGGGGGCGCUGCUGAGGACCUGCAGUCGCAACAAUGCCAACAACAACAUCAGCCGCCUCCCGUUCAGCGUCAUCUCCACCAACACGAUGCGCUGCAGCAACGCCACCAACCACAUCAGCAGCAGCGUGGCGUCGCUGUGCCUGAAGGCAUCGCCUGGCUCCGCCCUGCAGCUGCUGCCCUCGCCGCCAGGCUGCGAGAACGACGGGAUCAGACUCUACCAAACUGCGGCAGAGGAAGCCGAUGCCCCGCUGGACAUCUGGACCGUCAUCAAGCCUGGACACGUCCGGGAAAAGAUCGCCAUCUUCGCUUCAGACGAAGAACAAACUGACAGCGCAGAGGGCAGUGAACGCACCUCGAUCGGCGGCUCAGAGAACCAGGAGCGGACGCCGGAGGUCACGAAUCCUGCGGCGAUGUCUGGAAUGGUGCGAGGGGUUAAGGCGAAGGGGAGCUGGGAGGAGAACUGCAACGCCAAGCGGCGCCGCAGGUCAGGAAACAACCAGAACCUCCAGCAGGACGCAAAGACCGGAGUCCAGGACACACAGCUCGUCCUCAGCCCAUCUCCACUGAGACCGGUAUCGACGCUGCAGUCAGGCGGCGGGCGGUGUGCAGACGAGGCGGAGACGGGGCAGCCAGAGGACGUGGAGCAGAAGGUGUCGGUGGUGGAGAUGGUGGCGUUCCUGGAGCAGUUAGCCAGCGAGCAGCAGCCCGACUCCAAACCUCUGCUGGCCCUCCAGAGGAGCUCCGCCUCCAUCACGUUGUCCAGAGCUCUGCCUCCCGAGGGGUCAGAGGUCAGGGGGGAGGAGCCAGAGAGCAUCAAGGUGGCGGACAUGGUGGCCAAGCUGGAGUCGGAGUGUCUUAAGAGAAGGACGGAGGGAGAUCUCUCUCGGAGCAACAGCCUGAGGAGGGCGGUGGGUCGAGUCCUGCUCGCCGCCGCGGAUCAGAGCUCCCCCCUCUGCCCCCCCUCAUCACCAUCAGCGAUGACGACAUCAUCAUCAUCACUGCUGGGAGUUCAGAGUGAUGACAGCGAGCCAAUCAGCUGCCUAGAAACACCAGCAGCUCCGCCCCCUGCAGGUGAGGCUGAGCUGGAGGUGGUCGGGGGUGCAGAAACACUGACCCCUGUCACAGUAACUCAGGCAGAGGCCCCGCCCCUCACACUCACAAAGGGGGCGGAGCCUCAGCCUGGUUUGUUAUUUUUGUCCCGCCCUCCAGCUUCAGAGCCCCGCCCCCCUAGACGCCAUAGAAUGUCUUUUGACCUGGAGCUCACCCCCCCUCCUGCUCCCUGUGACUCUGGCAGCCAAUCAGAGAAGAGGAGGAGGAGGAGGAAGGCUGACAGACAUCAGGGGGAGGAGGUUGUUGCCGUGGUGCCUCUGGUGCGGCGUCCCUCGGCGUCGCAGGACUUCCUGUUGAUGCGUCAGCGGCUGCAGCAGCUGUUGGAGCCGCAGCCGUUCCUCGCCGUGCUGCCGCACCACCUGCUGCUGAAGAUCUUCCGGCUGCUGCCCACGCAGAGCCUCGCCGCGCUCAAGUGCUCCUGCAACUACUUCAAGUUCAUCAUUGACGACUACGGCGUCCGGCCCGCCGACUCGCUGUGGGUGUCGGACCCGCGUUACCGCGACGACCCCUGCAAGCAGUGCAAGAAACGCUACGGCCGCGGCGACGUCUCGUUGUGUCGCUGGCAUCACAAGCCGUACUGCCAGGCGCUGCCGUACGGGCCCGGGUACUGGAUGUGUUGCCACGGCGCCCGCAGGGAAACGCCCGGCUGCAACGUGGGUCUCCAUGACAACCGCUGGGUGCCGGCGUUCCACAGCAUCAACGUGCCGAUCUACAGGAGCCGCCGCCACGAAGACUGAGAGAGAGUGUGUGUGUGAGUGUGUGUGAGAAACAGGUCACUGAUGCUGACAUGAAUUUCUGCUCCCAUGAUGCAAUAGCAGGUCAGACUUCUCCUGAAAAAAACCUUCCUUUAUUCACGUCUGUUGUUUUAAAAAAAAAGAAGACAAUUUUAAAAGGUAAACAAAGUUUAACCUCCAUGAGUUUGGAGGUAACGUCGACCUGAGUUGCUUCGUGCUGUCAGAGCGGCGCCCCCCGCUGCCCCCGGUCUCCUCACAGCAUGCAUUAAAGGCGUAGAUCUAAUUGUUUAUCUCGUUAACAGCCUCGUUAGUGGGGUGGAGUCUCGGUCAGGACUUCUUCUCCUUCACUGCUGCUGAGAUAAAACCUGAAGAUCAGCUGAUACUUAGAUCAAAUUAAACUAAAAGUUGAUUCUGUUUAAUACUAAAAUCAUUGUCAAUAUAAUAAAACUACCUCCCGAAUAUUAAGAACAAUAUCAUCUUGAGGUCAUAUCAAUGUCAAAUCACUUAGGGUUAAUAUCAAAGGCCUGAUUGGAGGUCAUGAUGUCCAGACGAACCCAUGAAUACAGUUCUUCAUUUUAGAUUUGAUGUGGAUUUUUAUUAUAGUUUCAUCUAAGAAAAAGUCAGAAAUUAAAUAAAUAUCCUUCCCCACUUCAUCAAAGUGCAAGGCAAUGUCGAAAAAUGUCUUGUUUUGUCGGGUUAGAAACCAAAGAUACUCAGUGUAAUGUGAUGUAAAGCAAUUCAAUCAGCCUACAUUUGGACUCUUAUCUGUUCAUUAUUAAUUUCACAUCUUUGUACAAAAUAAGACCUUUGAAGACGGCAUUCUUAAAUGAAAGUGAUCGUGACGAGUAUUUUCUGACAUUAUUUGACGGAUAAAUGAGUUAACCUGUGAGGGGGCGGAGCUUCAGUCCGCGUUUGGAGCGAAGAGGAAUCCACAGUUUUAUCUGCACCUUGCUUGUGUUUACAUUUGUACAUAAAUCAUAAAGAGUUUAUUACGUCUGUUUGAACAAAACAUGAACGGCAAUCAGCGGCUGAGGGAUAAUCAUCUUAAACAGGACGUUGUUGUUGUUGUUAUUAUUUUGUCGAAGGGAAAAGAGGAAACGUGGCCUUGAGUCUUGAAGACGCUGCAAUACUAGAGACUGUAGAGAUUAUAUAUAUAUAUAUAUAUAUAUAUAUAUAUGUGUGUAUAUAUAAAAAAAAGAAUAUCAGGGGAGAAAGAAAAACAAACGGCCUUUGACCUUCAGAGAUUUUAGUUUUUUUAAAGAUUUGUUGGUUUUCUGUCUGCUGGCUGUUUUUGUUAAAGAUGUUUUGCUUUAAUAAAGUGCUUUCUCAUUGA